AUUUUCUUUGGGUAAAAUGGAAGCUUUUAUUGAUCAUCAAGUUCAACUUGUCCAGGAGGAAAAGCGUAUAGAUGUAGAAGACACUCAAAAAAUGUUAUCAUCGUAUACUCCCAUUCAACUUCAAAAACGUGGUGUGGCUCUACUUGGUCUUCGAGUUACUGGUAAUAUAUAAAAAAAAAAAACAUAUCAUAUGGUUGACUAUUUUGACUUGGCUUAUUAUCUAUAAUUUAAUAAUGAAUAGCUAUGCGUACUGGGUUAGGUGGCAAGAGUUUGAUAGAUCUUGAACUUGGGCAAUCGCAUAAACAAAUACCGAUAUUUCCUACUCACAAGAUUACAACUGGUGAUAUUGUUGGACUGGAUGAAUACAAAAAGGACAAACCUAAUAAGAAAAAAGGAUCCUCAUGGUCAGGAGUGGUAUUACGCGUCACGGAUACAAGAAUCACGUUGGCGCUUUCGCAAGAUAUGGAUGAAGAUUUGCCUCCAGAAGUACAAGACCGAUGUCAAAUUGUCAAACUUGCCAAUAAUGUAACAUACGAAAGAAUGAUCAAGGGAUUGGAACAGUUGAAGAUCAAUGCAUCAGAUGGAUCAUCUAGAUUAGCUCAAGUACUACUAGGACAACAAAAACCUGCAACUGUGGAUGAUGAUAUACCUGAUUUAGAAUUCUAUGAUACCACUUUGAAUGAUUCUCAAAAGGAUGCUGUACGAUUUGCUUUGGCAGCUCAAGAUAUUUCUCUUAUACAUGGUCCUCCAGGGACAGGAAAAACAUAUACCUUGGUUGAAAUCAUUCGUCAGCUAUCAGUGAAACAAAAUAAAAAAGUAUUGGUGUGUGGUCCAUCUAAUAUUUCUGUGGAUAACUUGGUUGAACGAUUAGCCCGUCAUCGAAUGAAUCUUGUUCGUGUUGGUCAUCCAGCACGUAUUUUGCCUACUGUAUUAGAACAUUCUUUAGAUAUUAUCACUAGAACUUGUGAUUCUGGACAAAUCGUAGCGGAUGUACGCAAGGAAAUGGAUGAAACAUUGAACAAGAUUGGGAAAUCCAAAAAUCGAACAGAACGACGAUUACUUUAUGGACAAAUCAAGGAACUACGAAAGGAUUAUCGGGUACGGGAAAGGAAAGUGGUGGAUGAAGUGAUUUCUGGUGCUCAAGUUGUACUUUCUACUUUGAACGGGUGUGGAAGUCGGACGAUGAUGAAAAGGGAAUUUGAUAUUGUCAUUAUUGAUGAAGCAACUCAAGCGCUGGAAGCUGAAUGUUGGAUUGCUUUACAAAAAGGAAAGAAGGCUAUAUUGGCGGGAGAUCAUCUACAAUUACCACCGACCAUCAAAACCCCAACAAAAAUAAUGAAAACAAAUCCUAAAUCUAAUAAGAAGAAUGGACUCUCAACAAAUACGGAUUUAUCAACUACUCUAUUUGAUCGACUAUUGGCGAUGUAUGGAAAUAGUAUCAAGAAAAUGCUAGUUGUACAAUAUCGAAUGCAUCAAAAGAUCAUGGAAUUCAGCUCAAAAGAACUUUAUGACAACUUAUUGAUAGCGAACGACAGUGUGGCCAGUCAUUUACUUCAAGAUCUUCCCGAUGUGGCAGCGACUGAAAACACCGAGGUACCUGUGGUGAUGUUGGAUACAAGCGAUACUGGACUUGGACACGAAAUCACGGAUGAAGGUGAUAUGGCUGAUGAUCAAAGUAAAGCAAAUGAGUUGGAAGUCUCGUUAGCAGUACAUCAUAUUGAAGCUUUAUUGGAGGAUGGAUUAGGACAAGAACAAAUUGGUGUCAUUACCCCAUAUGCUGCUCAAGUAUCGCGAUUGAUCCGUGAUAUUCGUGAAAGAUGGCCUCAUAUUGAAGUAGGAACAGUGGAUGGAUUUCAAGGUCGGGAAAAGGAAGCCAUUUUGUUAUCUCUAGUUCGAUCCAAUGAUGAAGGGGAAGUAGGCUUUUUGCAAGAAAAACGACGAUUGAAUGUGGCCAUGACAAGAGCCAAACGUCAUUUGUGCGUGAUUUGUGAUUCAGAAACAUUGGCGGGAAACAAAGGUGGAAACAGUACUUCUUCACGAGUGGAUGGUGGAUUCUUGAAACGUUGGAUGAAUUGGUUAUGUGAUGAAGCAGAUCUUAGAUUUAGUGAAUUUAUAGUUCAAUAGAUAGUUUACAAUGUGAAUAAAAAUUAUUUUUGAAUUGUUUGUGAUUGUGGAUAGUUGAAAGAAAUAAAGAUUCGAUCAAUUCAUAAAAAUGUCACUUUUUAUUUGAUGAAAAUAUCUAAAUAAAUAGUCUAGUCUAUAAUCUAAAUGAUGAAUUUG